UAAUUUCUAAUAUUGGCGGUAAGCAGUAAAGUUAAAGCUGAUAGGUCGAAGAUCAAUUCACUUUAAAUAAGUACUUACGACAUAGUAAAUUAAAGAGGGAGACCUUGUGGCAAGUUCGUCUCUGAUUGUUCUUCCAUACAUUUAUUACAUACGUCCUAUGACCGAAUUCGUACGGACACGUUAACAUCUGGUCUUCAAAAUUUUUUUCUAUUAUUAUAUUAAAUAUUUUGUAUAGUUCCAUCAUCAUUUAAUCAUAAAUUUUAACAACAAAUAUAUAGAAGAAAAAUGGCGCCUAAAACAAAAGAAGUACCAAAAGAAAAUAUUCAAAUACCUUCGAGAGGUAUUAAUGCUAUUUUAUUAGGACCACCUGGUAGCGGAAAAGGAACACAGGCUCCUUUAUUGAAAGAAAGAUAUUGCGUUUGUCAUCUAUCUACGGGAGACAUGUUAAGAGCUGAGAUAAAUUCUGGCAGUGCUCUUGGUAAAGAAGUUAAAAAGAUUAUAGACGAAGGGAAAUUAGUUAGCGAUGAUCUUGUAGUUAGUAUGAUCGAUUCUAAUCUGGAUAAACCCGAAUGUAAACGUGGUUUUCUUUUGGAUGGCUUUCCAAGGAGUGUUCCACAAGCUGAGAAGUUAGAUUCAAUGCUAAAAAAGAGAAAAACAAAACUCGACGCUGUAGUUGAAUUUGGAAUUGAUGACAAAUUAUUGAUAAAAAGAAUCACUGGUCGUUUGAUACACACUGCAAGUGGUAGAUCGUAUCACGAAGAAUUUGCACCACCAAAAAAACCUAUGACAGAUGAUGAAACUGGUGAACCUUUAGUUAAAAGAUCGGAUGAUAAUGCAGAAGCUUUAACAAAACGAUUAUCCGUUUAUCAUACUCAAACGCAACCACUGGUCGAUUAUUAUGCUUUGCAAGGUAUUCAUUACUAUAUUAAUGCAGCACAAUCAAGUGCUAAAGUUUUUGAAGAUAUUGAUCGCAUAUUUUUGAGAGCUAUUGAUCAAGAUCGGAAAAAAGGUUUUUUUUAUAGAUUCUUUUCAUAGAUUACUUUAUUUCUAUAUACGCACACACACACAUACACAAUACAUACACAACAGAGACAUAUAAACAUCACAUGGGAACAGAUAAUAUUCCAAAUAAUAUUACUUACAUUAUAUUUAAUAAUUUACUUACUUUUAUUGUUUUGUCAAUUUAUUAUUGAUAUUAAUUUUGGAAUAUAAUUGGGGUUUAUUAAAUAUGUUUAUUAUCUACUUGUUUUCAAAGUAGUUUUUAGUUAUAUGGUAAGAAUAUUAUGUAUAUGUUGUGUACCGUAUUAAUUAAAUAUCGAUUAAAUAAUAUCAUUGAAAAUAAUCUUGAUAGCAAUAUGUAAAAAAAACUAUGUAAGAAUAAUAUAUCAUAGAAAAUUGAAAUAGGAUGAUGUUGAUUAUAAUGAUGACGAUAAUAAUGAUGAUAAAACAAGGCACUAUAAAAUAUGUUACAAAAUAGGAUUUAUGAUUUUAAAGUCACAAAAGCACAGAUAAUGUUUUUAUCGAUAAAUAUAGUUAAGGAUACAUAAUGGUUACUAACAAAAAUUUAGUACGUAGUUAAAAACAUAUAAUACAAAUGAAACUAUAUUUACAUGUAUAUAUUUUAAGCAAGGAAAUAUCACAGUACGAUAUACAUCUUGUAUAUUAAUACUUUUGUUUCUCUUUUUAAUUGUAGUAUCUUU